AUGGAACAUCAUAGACAUUUUCUUAUGUUUAACCUGGACAAAUUUGAUGACUGGAAGGUGCGCAUGCAGGCUCACUUAUCUGCCAUGCAUGAUGAAAUGUGGGACGUAAUAACUGAUGGACCCAUCCAGAUACUACAGGUUAAUCCAAAUCGUGUUCUCACUGAUCCAAGGUCACCAGAAAUGAUACCGAAGGAGAAAGCUCUACUCACUACUGAUGAAAGAACUCGAGUGAAUCUAGACAACAUAUCCAAGGACAUUCUCUACAAAUCGCUGGACGAAUCCUUGUUCCCAAGAGUGAGGAAAUGCAAGAAUGCUAAGGAAAUAUGGGAUGUGCUCAUGCUGAUUGGUGAUGGAGAUGAGCAAGAAAAGGAGAACAAGCUGACUAUUGCCAUGAAGAAGUUUGAGGACUUCAAACUAAAUCCGAGGGAAUCCAUAACUGAGAUGGAAGCUCAAUUCAUAAAGCUACAAAUGGAGAUCAAUGAUCUUGACGAAAAGAAACUAACACAAAAGGAGAUAAACUUGAAGAUUCUCCGAGGACUGCCCAAGAGUUGGGAUAUGAAGGUUGUAGCCAUGCGGGAUCAUAGAGAUCUCAAAAACACAAGCACUACACAAAUCUUCAGUGAUCUAAAGGCUUACGAGUUCGAAAAGGAAGCACAAAACGAUGAUGAACCCGAAACAAGAAACAUAGCUCUGGUUGCGAAUCAUCAACCAUCAUCAUCAACAUCAAGGUCUAUUUCUAAUCCCUCUUCUGAUUUUUUCACUGAUGAUCAAAUGGCUUUGUUUGUAAGAAGGUUCAAAAGGUUCAUGCGAAAGAAUCAAUCUUUUGACAUCUCGGAUAAGAUGAGACGAAUGAAGUAUCAAGGAAAUGACAAAGCCAGCGGAUCCAGAACUCAUGACAAGGAUGAGUCACAAGUUUUAUGUUACAACUGCCGAAAGCCUGGACAUUUCAAAUCCGAAUGUCCAUAUCCAAUCGUUAAAAAGCAUCAGGACGAGCACAACUAUAAGAAGAAUUCGGGAAGAUACCAUCAUCCGAAGAGUAAUCCAAAUGAUGCUGAUGAGGAGUCAAACAAGAUCCAAAAGAAUGAUAAACGAAGGAAAGCUUUGGCGGUAGAAGAGAAGACAGGAGAAAAGAACGAAGAGUCAUGUACCUCAAGUUCAAGCUCAGAAAGUGACAGCUCGGAAGAUGAAAAAGGAUUUCUAUGUCUUUUCAGCCAAGAAGAUUCAGAUGAAGAAAUGUGUCUCAUGGCCGAAGAAGAAGAGGUAACCUCACAAAACCAAUCCUCUAAUUACAGUUCCGAAUCUGUAUGUCAUGAAAACCCUAGGGAAGCAUUUGAGAAAAUGAUGAAGAGUUUUUAUGGCAUUGAGGAUUCACAUCUCAAACUUAAAGAAGAGAAUGCCAAGCUAUUGGCAGAAAGACAAGAUCUCGAGGACUUAAAGUCCAAAAAUGCUGAGAUGCUUGAAUCUAUAAGCCAGCUUGAGAAGCAAGUUCUUCUUCUUAAGGAAGAGUGCAAAUCGAAGGAUGAUAGAGAGCAAAACUUACGUGCGACAGAAAAUCUUGAGCCAGUGAUUAAUGCCACAAAUGAAACAGAACCACAAUCAACGAGUCGGUCUGAUAAUCCGACUGAAACAUGA